AUUAUUGGAAUAAUAUUAGUGAAAAUAAUAUUAAUUUUGAUUUAAGAAAAUGGAUGUUCUCUUUUAUGACUGAUCUUUUAUUAGAUUUAUUUAUAGGAAAAAGAAGUCAUUCUAUAAAUAAGUAUUAUUCUGAAUUAAUUAAUGAUAAUAAUUUGGAUGAUGAUAAUAAUAAGGAUAAGGAUGAUGAUAAGAGUGUUGGAUAUGCUGAACUUUUAUUGAAAUAUGUUGAUGGUUAUACUUUUCAUUUAUUUUUUGGUGCAUAUGCAAAAUAUAUUCCUAUAUUUAAAGGUAUAGCAAAAAAUCAUAUUAUUAAUAGAAAUAAUUAUUGGAAUUAUAUUUAUAAUAUUAUUAAUAAUCAUAAAAAAAUUAUUGAAAAUACUCCAAAAGAUCAAUUAAGGCAAGAUUUGAUCACUUUACUUUUAACUGCUAAUACUGAUCAUGAUAUUAAUAUUUCAAAGAGUAAAGUACAAGAUUUUAAUCCUGAUCUUCAACGUCCUUUAAAUGAUAAAGAAUUAUUAAUUAAUUUAUCAGAAUCUAUUGGUGGAGGUGUAGAUGCAAUUUCUAGUACAUUUAUAUUUUUAAUUUAUAAUAUUAUAAAAAAUCCUGAAGUAAUAAUUAAGAUAAGAGAAGAAGUUGUGAAUAUUCUUGGAAAAGAUCCUCGUAAUAUUAAUAUGGAAGAUCUUGAUAAAUUUAAAUAUAUUGAAGCUGUAAUUAAAGAAACUGUUCGUAUAAAUUCCCUUACCCCUUUAGUUGAUCGUUAUAAUGAUGUACCUGAUGAAGUUGCUGGUUAUAAUUGGCCCGCAAAUACUCAUUUUAUUAUGAAUUCUUCUGGUAUUCAAUCUGAUUCAAAAUUUUGGGAAAAUCCUGAAAAGUUUGAUCCUGAACGUUUCAUUAAUCCUUCUUUAAAUAAUAAUCUUAAAGCAUUAAUUGUAUUCGGUGGUGGAAUUAAAAUUUGCCCUGGAAGAAAAUUAGGAAUGAUAAUAUUAAAAACCUUAACAGCUUUACUUGUACCUCAAUUCGAUUUUGAAUUAGUUAAUCCAAAUGUUCCAAUGAAAAUUAGAUAUGCUAUUUUUAAUCAACCUGCUGAAUUAUAUAUUAGAAUAAAAAAGAGGGACAUAUCAUUAAAAUGACGAAAUUAUGGAAGUAUUAUUUAGUUGCGUGUUAUUAUUAACACGUUCGUUUAUAUAUUAUUAUAGGUUAAAAUAGUUGAAUUAU